UCGGUGCGGGAGGGUGAAGCCGGCGGCCGGCGGCGGCGGGGCGGCAGAGCGGGCGGGAGGGCGGCGCGGGCGGAGCGGGGCCGGGCUGCCGGCGGCGGCAGCGGCGAGAGGCCGGGGCGGGGGAUAAUCAUGGGUCAAACCGGAAAAAAAUCUGAGAAGGGACCAAUUUGUUGGCGAAAGCGUGUGAAAUCAGAAUAUAUGAGACUGAGGCAGCUCAAGAGGUUCCGACGUGCAGAUGAAGUAAAGAGUAUGUUUAAUUCUAAUCGUCAGAAGAUACUGGAAAGAACUGAAAUAUUAAAUCAAGAAUGGAAACAACGUAGGAUACAGCCUGUACACAUCAUGACUUCUGUGAGCUCAUUGCGCGGGACCAGGGAGUGCUCCGUUACCAGUGACAUAGAUUUUCCAAAACAAGUCAUCCCACUAAAGACUCUCAAUGCUGUUGCUUCUGUGCCUAUAAUGUAUUCUUGGUCACCCCUUCAGCAGAAUUUUAUGGUAGAGGAUGAAACUGUUUUACAUAACAUUCCAUAUAUGGGAGAUGAAGUGCUUGACCAGGAUGGUACCUUUAUUGAAGAGCUUAUCAAGAAUUAUGAUGGGAAAGUACAUGGAGACAGAGGUGAGCCCAAACACUCAGAAUGUGGAUUUAUCAAUGAUGAAAUAUUUGUUGAGCUGGUCAAUGCACUUGGUCAAUAUAGUGAUGAUGAAGAUGAUGAUGAUGGAGAUGACAAUCCUGAUGAAAGAGAUGACAAGCAAAAAGAUCGGGAAGGUAACAGGAUGGAGAAAGAAAGUCAUCCACCUCGGAGGUUUCCUUCUGACAAGAUAUUUGAAGCCAUUUCUUCAAUGUUUCCAGACAAGGGUACAGCAGAGGAACUGAAAGAGAAAUACAAAGAACUCACUGAGCAGCAGCUUCCAGGAGCUCUUCCUCCUGAAUGCACACCAAACAUUGAUGGACCAAAUGCUAAAUCUGUUCAGAGGGAGCAAAGCCUACACUCUUUUCACACACUCUUCUGUAGGCGCUGUUUUAAAUACGAUUGCUUCUUGCAUCCAUUCCAUGCAACUCCUAAUACUUACAAAAGAAAGAAUACAGAAACAGCAUUAGAUAAUAAGCCUUGUGGACCGCACUGUUAUCAACAUCUGGAAGGUGCAAAGGAGUUUGCAGCUGCCCUGACUGCUGAGCGUAUAAAGACACCACCAAAGCGCCCAGGUGGCCGCCGAAGGGGAAGACUUCCAAACAACACCAGCAGACCCAGCACACCAACAAUAAAUGUAUUGGAAUCAAAAGACACAGACAGUGACAGGGAAGCUGGAACUGAAACUGGAGGAGAAAACAAUGAUAAAGAAGAAGAAGAAAAGAAAGAUGAAACAUCUAGUUCCUCUGAAGCAAAUUCUAGGUGUCAAACACCAAUAAAGAUGAAGCCAAAUAUUGAGCCUCCAGAGAAUGUGGAAUGGAGUGGUGCAGAAGCCUCAAUGUUUAGAGUUCUUAUUGGCACCUACUAUGACAACUUCUGUGCAAUUGCUAGACUGAUUGGGACCAAAACAUGUAGGCAGGUGUAUGAGUUUAGAGUAAAGGAAUCUAGUAUUAUUGCUCCAGUCCCUGCUGAAGAUGUUGAUACUCCUCCCAGAAAGAAGAAAAGGAAACACAGGUUGUGGGCUGCUCAUUGCAGAAAGAUACAGCUGAAAAAGGAUGGGUCAUCAAAUCAUGUUUACAACUAUCAGCCAUGUGAUCAUCCACGUCAGCCUUGUGACAGCUCAUGCCCAUGUGUAAUUGCUCAAAACUUCUGUGAGAAGUUUUGUCAGUGCAGCUCAGAAUGCCAAAACAGGUUUCCUGGAUGUCGUUGUAAAGCACAAUGCAACACUAAGCAGUGUCCAUGUUACUUAGCUGUACGUGAAUGUGAUCCUGAUCUCUGUUUAACAUGUGGAGCAGCUGACCACUGGGACAGCAAAAAUGUUUCUUGCAAGAACUGCAGCAUUCAGAGAGGAUCCAAAAAACACUUGCUGUUGGCACCUUCAGAUGUGGCAGGCUGGGGAAUAUUCAUCAAGGAUCCUGUACAGAAGAAUGAAUUCAUCUCUGAAUACUGUGGUGAGAUUAUUUCUCAGGAUGAGGCAGACAGAAGAGGAAAAGUAUAUGACAAGUACAUGUGCAGCUUUCUGUUUAACUUGAAUAAUGAUUUUGUGGUUGAUGCAACACGCAAGGGCAACAAGAUUAGAUUUGCAAACCAUUCGGUAAAUCCCAACUGCUAUGCAAAAGUUAUGAUGGUUAAUGGUGAUCACAGAAUAGGAAUAUUUGCUAAAAGAGCCAUUCAGACUGGUGAAGAACUGUUCUUUGACUACAGAUAUAGCCAAGCUGAUGCCCUUAAAUAUGUGGGCAUAGAAAGAGAAAUGGAAAUCCCUUGACACCAGCUACCUCUUCUUUUAAACAUACAGCUGCCUUAUCUUCAGGAAUUUCUAGUACUGUGGGCAAUUUUUAAAAGAUAAAAUGAUGCAAUUUGAAAUUCUGUAUUUGCAAAGUACUGUAACAGUAAUUUAUAGUAACAAAUUUUAAAAAAAACAACUUUUUAUUGCCUUCUCACCAGCUGCAAAGUGUUUUGUACCUAUGACCUUUUGCAAUAAUGUGGUGUGGUACAUUUUUCAACCUUGAAUAAAGGAUACUUGAACUUCAUUUUUACUGCAAUGGAGUUGGGAUUCUGUGCUAGGUAGCUGAAGAAGCAAACUGGCGACUUGUUUUCAAUUUCUGAAUAAAGGCAGCCCAUAUUUGCCUA